AUGUCACUGGAGCAAUACGAAACUUUCAAGCUUGGAGACUGGGAGCUCCAGAGCGGGCAAAAAAUCGAGGAUGCUUAUAUCGCAUACAAGACAUUCGGCGAUCCCAAAUCUCCUGCAAUCGUCUAUCCAACUUGGUUUUCUGGAGCUCUUUCCGACAACUUCUGGUUGAUCGGAGAUGACAAGCUCCUGAACCCGAACAAUUUCUUCAUCAUAGUUCCAGCCCUGUUCGGAAAUGGACAGUCCUCCUCUCCAUCCAACCAGCCUAGUCCCGGGCCAUUCCCAAAAGUGUCAUUUUACGACAAUGUGCGGGCGCAGCAUGAGCUCGUUACCAAACACAUGGGCAUCACACAUUUGCGCGCCGUUAUUGGUUGGUCUAUGGGAGGGGCCCAAGCCUUCCAGUGGGCAACGCAGUAUCCUGAAUUCAUGGAUAUUGUGGUCCCCUUUUGUACGGCCGCGAAAACUUCAUUGCACAAUCAGGUCUUCCUUGAGGGAGUCAAAAGCUCCUUAAUUGCAGUGAAGAAGAGCCGAUCUGCGGGAUCGGGAGAGAUUGGUCUCAAUAGAGAGGCGGCAGAGGCGCAUGUUUGGACAGCUGAAGAGAAGGAUAUUGGCCUCAAGGCAUUGGGCCGUGUGUAUGCUGGAUGGUUGUAUGAAACCGCGCUGGGUUUCAAGGGACUUGAAGACUUCAUGGGCAACUUCUGGGAGAAAUGGGCUUGUUCCAAAGAACCCGAAAAUCUGCUAGUCUUGCUCCAAACCUGGCAAAUUGGUGAUGUCUCGCAGCAAGAGCCAUACAAUGGGGACUUUGAGAAGGCGAUGGCAUCCAUCAAAGCAAAAGCGUUGGUUCUGCCGUCAAAAACCGAUCUUUACUUUCCGCCUGAAGACUCGGAGUACGAGGUUUCGUGUAUGAAGCCAGGUAUUGGAACACUGGAUAUCUUCCCUUCGAUCUGGGGUCCAGCACCUAAUUUUCUUCCUGAGCUGCUUGCCUCGGAAGCUCGUCGACAACUCUGCUCUCGUUAUCUAAUCCCUAUCUUCACACGGCUUGAGAGACUAUAUCUCGAAUAUUACCAUCUCGGCUUCCUCCCCACAAUGGCUACGCCACCUGUCCGACAAUGGGGUGUUACACCCCCGAUCUCGACCGUCCUGCCUACCAAGGAUGAGAUUUCGGCGAACGACGAUCUUAUUGCCGAGCUCAAGGCCCAGAACAACUUCGAGCUACCGACUGAAACGGAACGGAGAAAACAAGUUCUCCAGUUACUUCAGCGCGUCACAGUGGAAUUUGUUCAAGUCGUCAGUCGCAAGAAGGGUCUUUCACCUGCUGCUGUUGAGGCUUCUGGUGGUAAAAUCUUCACGUAUGGAAGUUAUAGACUGGGUGUAUACGGACCAGGCUCCGAUAUCGAUACCCUAGUCGUUGGACCUAAACAUGUCCUGAUCGAUGAUUUCUUCGCUGAAUUCCCCCCUAUCCUCCAAAGAAUGGCUUCCGAAGGAGCCAUUGAAAAGAUGACUCCUGUGCCCGAUGCGUUUGUUCCAAUUAUCAAGCUUGAGCUGUGUGGAAUCAGUAUCGAUCUGAUCUUUGCCCGUCUUGUCGUUCCUGCUAUCCCGAUGAACCUGGAUUUGAAGAACAAUGAUUACCUCAGAGGACUGGAUGAACGAGAGGUGCGAUCGCUAAAUGGAACUCGUGUCACAGAUGAAAUACUGGAGCUCGUCCCCCAACAAAAGACAUUCCGCCUUGCAUUGCGUGCAAUCAAACUCUGGGCCCAGCGACGAGCAAUCUACUCGAACAUUGUCGGAUUCCCUGGUGGUGUUGCGUGGGCUAUGCUGGUAGCUCGGGUUUGUCAACUAUACCCGCAAGCAACUGGCUCUGUGAUUGUGGGAAAGUUUUUCAGAAUUAUGAACAAGUGGAAUUGGCCUCAGCCUGUCUUAUUGAAACAGAUCGAGGAUGGACCCCUUCAGAUAAAAGUCUGGAACCCAAAGAUUUACCAUGGUGAUCGAUUCCACCUUAUGCCCAUCAUCACUCCUGCGUACCCCUCCAUGUGCGCCACCCACAACAUCAGUCUGUCUACCAAGGCUGUUAUUCUCAGGGAGCUACAGCGAGGUGGCGACAUGGUAGACAAGAUCUUCAUGAAGCAGCUUUCAUGGCAGGAUCUAUUUGCGCGCCACACAUUCUUCACCCACGACUAUAAGUACUACCUGAGUAUCACCGCUUCGAGCAAGACCAAGGAGGCCGAGUCCGUGUGGUCAGGUCUUGUGGAAUCGAAGCUGCGUCACCUUGUUGGCGCUUUAGAUCGAAAGGCAAUUGUUGCGGUAGCCCACCCAUUCCCCAAAGGAUUUGAAAGGAUUCACCUCAUCAAGAAUGAGCAAGAAAUGGAAGCAGUCAAGAAUGGAUCUACACAACAUCAGGCUAAAGGCACAAAGACCGCGAUGACCGAUGAGACUAAGGAUGCUGCUCACCAAGCCGCAGUCCAGAACACCCUCGAAAAUGCAGAAGUACCAGGGCCGGCUGAGGGCAAGGUCGAGGGUACAGUCGAUAACGAUGGCCAGACUGUCUACACGACGACUUAUUACAUCGGCCUGGAGCUGAAACCUCUGGAGCCAGGCCAAUCUCGAUCUCUAGAUAUAUCAACCGACUCGCAGAUCUUCAAGUCGACUUGCACCUCAUGGCCAGGAUACCUGGAAGAAGUCAUGGAGUUGGCCGUCACCCAUGUUCGCAACUUUGAUUUGCCCGACGAUGUCUUCCAGCCCGGUGAGACCCGGGCAUCUCGGCCAAAGAAGAAAGUUACCAAACGGUCAGAGACAGCCGGCCAGAAACGCAGCAUUGGCGAGUUGGACAGUUCAACCGAAGGAGUCGCGAAACGCCAAGUUACCUCCGCAACUCCCGCCUGA